AUGCGCCUCAUACUCAUCUCGCUGUUGCAAUCCCUCGCUCUGCUCCAUAUACCUGCGCUAUUCGCUGUUCGCCAUUGCCAGCCCUCUGAAGAGUCUCCAGGCGCAUAUCCACUUUCGACAUCCGUGGGCUUACGCCGGCUCGAGCAGCGAAGGACUGCGAGCCUUGUGGUCGCCCUCCUCGAGAACGCCGUCAACCUGACCUCUCUGUCCGUCUUGAGGACGUCUCAACUGCUGGUCCACUCUGUCCCGCCUGCGCCGAUUGCAUCUGUCUCCGCAGAACUCUCAAAAGUCGCUAGACGCCCUCAAAACUCUUCGCAGCAGACUCACAAAUCUGGACCUUGUGCCGUGAGCCUCAGCCUGCGAAUAAUUAGCACAGUCGAUCCGACCCCUGCGUUUUGUGGCGAGCUGGCGUCAAUGGCGCCCAGGCUGCGGGGCUUUGACAUCACGCUGUACGCGAUGCAGCCGGACGACAUCCCUGCGAUGCCGGAGUGUUUCAUGGCAGGAGCAAGUACCUCCGGCCCUCGCAUCAUGCCUCUCGCUGUGACACGUCGCGUUUCAGGCGGCAUCCCUUGCGUACGCGUGCACAUGAUGGAUCUCGACUGGCCACGUUGUCCUUUGGCAGACGAAUUGCAGCCUGACCAACAGCGGUGGCAGGAAAGUGUGGAACCUGGCCAGGAGCGGGCUACCUGGGCUGUUGCGAUUGCGCAUGGUCUCUCCCUACUUUUGCAUAAGCCUGAUCUCGUUAACAGGGACAUGCAAUGCCACGUUCUCAUACAUGGCACGGGCAGAAUAAGUAGACCUUUCAAUGGCAUCUGGUCGUCUGUUACAUCAUACUCGGCUUGGAAUGGCAAGCGCAAUGAAAUCUCAGUAGCUCAGAUACUAGUAUGGGAUGGGAUUCAAAGCCGAAGGCAUAGCUGGUGA